AUGCCGCUGAUAGGUGGUGUGUACGUGGGAAAAAGGGACUUUGACUCUAAUAUAGAAUGCUUCAGUUGGUUUUUUUCCCCACUAGGGCCUCCAUAUAUUGAUGAUUUAGAAGCUAUACUUGACGAGUUUUUUCUCAAGUCUCUUAUUACUUAUGUUGAGGAUGGUAGCAUUAAGGAGGUCGCCUAUAAACUGAUGGUUAUGCAUGAAGGAUGUUUGGAAGGGAAGUUUCAGUCUAUUGAGAGACUAAGGGAAACCAAUCAGCAGAAAGCUGUUGUUCAUCAUGUCAGACAGGUGAUUAUAAGUAGAAAUUGUUAG